AUGGUAGCCCCGGUCUCUGCCGGAGCAACUACGGCGGCCCAGUCCAAGCCGGGUCGGUCCUCCAGCACCCACCCAUCGCACUCUCACAAUGUGCCCUUGAGCGCUCGCCGAUCAGCUCCUCUGGAUCUAUCGACUGUUGAGCGGCGUGGGCAGCCCAAUACUCCUCGCGAACCGUCCAAACGUGUACGUCCACAUGGCUUGCCCGAGGCCCCGACUUUUCGCCCAACAGAGGAGGAAUUCAAGGAUCCGGUAGCAUACAUCCAGAAGAUUGCUCCCGAGGGCAAGAAAUAUGGUAUUUGCAGAGUGGUGCCGCCAGAGAACUGGCAACCGCCCUUUGCAAUCGACACAGAGCGUUUUCACUUCAAGACCCGUCGACAGGAGCUCAACUCUGUCGAAGGAGGUAUGGCCCCGCGUCCAGCUGUUUUUGCUGCCGGUGGAGCCACUCCGCAGCCUAAUUCUGACCCGAAAUUCCACGCAGGAAACCGCGCCAACAUGAACUACACCGAUCAACUUGCCAUGUUUCACAAGCAACACGGGACGAACUACAGCCGGCUCCCCAGCGUCGAUAAGCGCCCACUGGAUCUCUACAAGUUGAAAAAGGCCGUCGAGGUUCGUGGUGGCUUCGAGCAGGUCUGUAAGACUAAGAAAUGGGCGGAAAUCGGCCGUGACCUCGGAUACAGCGGCAAAAUCAUGUCCUCUUUAUCGACCUCCCUCAAGAACUCCUACCAGCGAUAUCUGCAACCGUAUGAGGAGUGGCUGCGUGUUGCCAAGCCUGGCGUACAGCAGCAAUUGGAGCAAGAACAGGGUGGACCGUACACACCGUCUCCGCGCCAGUCGCCAAUGACCAAGAAGUCUGUGGCGGAAGAGAACGGAACUCCUUCGAAGACACGCCCCGGAACCCCUACGCCGCGUCCGAGUGCAGGUCCAAAUACUCCGAUGGAGAAAUCACCGGAAAAACCUACACCCUCCGUCGAGCCGACACCCCCGACCCGACCGACGUCAGGAUUCACAUCGGUAAAUUCUGGUGUCGGUGGAUUUACCGCCGUGAACCACUCUCCAUCUUUCGUGUCUGUGAAUAACGGUCCCACAAUCAAGCACGAGACCGAGAAUGGAAUUUCGACUCCCGGCAGUGUAGCCGAGCAUUCAUCCAUCUCAACGCCAGUCCCUAAUGGCCAGGCAGGGCAACCCGCCAAGCGUGCCAUCAGCCAUGACAGUGCGUCUCAGGCGGAAAAUGGCGAUGCCGAUGGAGGGAACGGAAGGCGCAGCAAGCGUUUGAAGAAAGACGGGGCGCCACCGACGGUUUCGGGGUCUCAUAUGUCCGUUCUUCGUCCAGCUGGGCCCAAACGUAAGGACGGCCCUCGCCGAACCGGAGAUAAAUGUGAAACAUGUGGCAAGUCCGACAAUCGCUCUGCGAUCCUUGUAUGCGAUAAUUGUGAGCUCGGCUAUCACAAAACGUGUCUGGAUCCCUCCACGACGACAGGGCCCGAACAGGACUGGCAUUGUCCAAGGUGCUUGGUUGGAAACGGAGAAUUCGGAUUUGAAGAUGGAGGUGUCUAUUCGCUCAAACAAUUCCAAGAGAAGGCCAACGACUUCAAGAAGAAGUAUUUCGCUUCGAAGAUGCCGUUCGACCCCGUACUCAAUACGCACCGCCGCGAGACCGAAGAUGAUGUGGAGGCCGAAUUCUGGAAGCUCGUGGUGGACUUGCAUGAGACCGUGGAAGUGGAAUAUGGUGCAGAUAUUCAUUCGACUACUCAUGGAAGCGGCUUUCCAACGAUUGAGCGGAAUCCACUUGAUCCGCAUUCCUCUGAUCCGUGGAAUUUGAACGUCCUCCCUUUCUAUGGGGAUUCGCUUUUCCGUCACAUCAAGUCUGACGUCUCCGGCAUGACGGUGCCUUGGGUCUAUGUCGGAAUGUGUUUCUCGACCUUUUGCUGGCACAACGAGGAUCAUUAUGCCUAUUCGGCCAACUACCAACACUUCGGCGCAACCAAAACUUGGUAUGGAAUUCCUGGAGCCGAUGCUGAGGCGUUCGAAAAAGCCAUGAAAGAGGCCGUUCCGGAGCUGUUCGAAGGUCAACCCGAUCUUCUUUUCCAGCUGGUCACCUUAAUGCCGCCAGACAAGCUGCGCAAGGCUGGUGUCAAUGUCUAUGCGAUAGAUCAGAGAGCUGGCCAGUUCGUCCUCACGUUCCCCCAGGCGUACCAUGCGGGGUUCAACCACGGAUUCAACUUCAACGAGGCCGUCAACUUUGCCCCUGCAGACUGGGAACCAUGGGGAGCGAUGGGUGUCGAACGGCUGCAAUCUUUUCGCAAGCACCCGUGCUUCUCCCAUGACGAGCUUCUACUCACGGCGGCUGCUCGCGAUACAUCCAUCACCACCGCCAAGUGGCUGGCUCCUGCUCUCGAACGGACCACCACGAGAGAGCUAAAUGACCGCGCAGCGUUCCUAGCCCGUCACAAGGAGGUCACACCCCAUAACUGUACCCUUGGCACUGACUCCCCAACUGGUGAUUGUCAGCUCACAUUUUUGGUCGAGGAGAAAGACCUCCCCGAGGAGGAUUACCAGUGCCAGUACUGCAAGGCUUACACUUAUCUCACGCAGUUCCGCUGUCACAAGUCAGAGAAGACCCUUUGCUUGUUGCAUGUGGAGACCUAUGACUGUUGCGGUGAAUCCUUUGCACAGAAGCUACUUGGACCAGGCCAUACCUUGCGCUAUCGCCUAACCGACGACGCAAUGAAGGAACUAGUCCAGAAAGUGCAGGAGCGCUCCAAAAUCCCGGAACUAUGGAACGAAAAGCUUGACAGGACCCUGGAGGACGAACCAAAGCCACAGCUGAAGUCCCUUCAUAACUUACUUAGUGAAGGUGAGAAAAUCCCAUACCACCUGCCUGGCCUCCAAGAUCUUGCGGCCUUCGUCCAGCGUUGCGAUAAGUGGGUUGAAGAAGCGAACAAUUACAUUACCCGGAAGCAGCAGAACCGGAGAAAAAACGAGAAAGCAUGGCGCCGAGGCAGCUCCAAGGCGGCGCAGCUGGACGAUCGGGAUCGUGAAGUCCGCAGAGUGGAACACAUCUACGCCCUUCUGGCAGAGGCUGAUAAACUUUCCUUCGACUGUCCACAGAUGGCGGCUCUGGAAGAGAAGACCCGCGAAAUCGAGAAGUUCCGCAAGGACGUUAGCGCUGCUCUGAUGAACCCGCAUCUCCGAUCGAGCCAGGAAAUUGAGGAGUUGGUGGAAUCUGGCCGCAAUUUCAACGUGGACAUCCCGGAAGUGGAGCACCUGGAACGGAUUGUGCGCCAAAUGAAAUGGACCGAUGAGGCACGGCAGAGACGAGACAAGCACCUCACCCUCAAGGACUGCCAUGAGAUUGUCUCCAAUGGAGAACAGUUGGGACUUUCCGACAGCAACGAACUUCUGCGUCAUUUCCAAGAGCUCCGUCGCCAUGGUGAGGCGUGGGAGGCCAAGGCCCAAGAACUGAUGGCGGUCGAUGCUGUCCACUACCAGCAGUUGGAGGCGCUCUCGGCCCAGGCUUCCCGUUUCCCGGUCUCCCCGGAUACUUUGGCCUCUGUGGAGGCCAUCCUGACCAAACAACGCGAGGCCCAGAAGCGGAUCCAGGACCUCUAUGAACGCAGCAAGGACUCCGACAUGAAAAAUCGCCCAAAGUAUAAGGAAGUCCGUGAGCUCACAGAGUCAUUGGAACAGUUGAAUAGUCGACCCAUCGGGGCGAUUGAUUUGGAGCGCGAACAGAAGCGCCACGAGGACUGGAUGCGGAAAGGCAAGAAGCUGUUUGGCAAGGCCAAUGCUCCUCUUCAUAUUUUAAAGUCGCAUAUGGAGUAUGUCGACAAGCGGAAUGUGUAUUGCUUCGAUCUGCAGGACAGCUAUCGUCCGCCUGUGGAACCUUCGUCGCGGCACAAUACCCCAGACGGUUUACUUGAGAACCCCACAACCAACAUGUUUGGUCCGAAAUCGGAGAAAGGAGAUGUGUUCUGCAUUUGCAGACACAAGGAGUCUGGAAUGAUGAUUGAAUGUGAAGUCUGCCACGAGUGGUACCACGGUAAAUGUUUGAAGAUCGCUCGAGGCAAGGUCAAGGAAUUCGACAAGUACACCUGUCCCAUCUGCGACUGGAGGCAGAAGAUCCCGCGCGAUGCAGCACGUCCCAAACUGGAAGAUCUUCAGGACUGGCAGGCUGAGAUCGCGGGUCUGCCUUUCCAGCCCGAUGAAGAGGAAGUUCUGGACAGUAUAGUCAGCCACGCAUCUGCAUUCCGCGAUUUCCUUCAGGGCUUCACCAAUGCUACCUGCACGACUACCGAGGAGGUGCCUACCUUGAUCUUCUACCUGCGGAAGAUUGAGGGCGCCGAGGUGCUUUUGGCCUACGAGACGAAUUUCUUCCGGCAAGAGAUUCAUAAAUGGGCACCGGUUGCUCCAGAGCCGCCACCAAUUCUGGAGCAGUCAUUGUCAACACGGAAGCCGCGUCCUACCAAGCAGCAAAAGAUCAUGGCCCAGCUGGGCGUCGACCGCCCCGAAGAUCUUCCGGAGCAUCUUCGUCCGAAGAUUACCAACUCCGCCAAACGCAAGUCGGUCGAUACCCAGGUGGCACGGCCGACAUCUUUGCAGCCAGCCCCAACACCGACGACCGACAGCAGCGCUCCACCGGAACCGACCACCGCCGGGCCUACCCUGACGCCUAUGUCGGAAUCCAACAAUGCGUCCUACCCUUUCUCUGCCAACUAUACUCUGCCGGGCAGUGAUUCCACCCCGGCGUUUGCUCCGGGGACCUCUUCUGCGUUUUUGCCUCAUGCAGAUGCCAAUUCACCGUCAUUCCUUCCGCGGUCACCCACCCCGCACCAGCAGGGCUUGGAGACUUCGUUGUUCAGCCCACCGCGCUUCAAUCGGGAUGCGACGAGCGGUCCUUCGGGUGUCGAUGUUGAUAGCAACAUGCCGUUCGUGAGCAGCAGUCCUCGCCAAAACCUCGAUGAUGUCUUUGCGGAUCUAACGAAUCAAGAUCCCGAGCUUGAGUCCGAGGCGGGGCCUUCCCAGGUCGAUCAGCCUGAUCCGGAGCCGUUGGAGAACACUCAUGCCGCCGACGCUCUUGAGGCUAUGGAUGUCGGCAACGGGAGCAGCCGCGCCGGGUCGGUCCACAAGGAUGCUGCUCCCAGCGGUGGCGCUGCUCCCAGUACAACCAAUGGUGAGAACGAAGCCACCACCAUCGCUGCCACCACCCAAGCAGAAUCCUGA